AUUUGCAAGCACUUUGGCACAUAGUAUGGGCACGUAUUGCAUUGAUCGGACGCUAUCCGAAGCCUUGUACGGUGAAGUGCUGCUGGGCCACGACAUAUGUACGGACGAGUUGGUCGCAAUCAAAAAGAUGGAUCCCGUCACUGCCUUCCACGGGUGCCAGUGCCCCCGUGUACGAGAAGACAUUGAGGUCGAGAAGCACGUCAACCGGCUCUUCCGCAGCCACGGCGGCCAUCCCAACAUCCUUCCCAUGCGGCAAGACUACGUCCAAAACGGCGCCGAUCACUUGGUCUUUGAUUUUUGUCGGAAAGGGGACUUGUUUUCGGCGAUGGAUCAUGGCGCCCUCCCGAACGACGUCGCAAAACGCUACUUUCACCAGAUCGCGUUGGGCAUUGCCUUCAUGCACGCCAACGGUGUCGCACACCGCGAUGUGUCGUUAGAAAACGUCCUCAUUGACGACAGCGACACGUGCCGAGUGUGCGACUUCGGGCUCGCCGCGUCGACCACAGCUCGGUGUUCGGAUAAAGUGGGCACGGAAUUCUACAUGGCCCCCGAAGUAGCCCAAGGAUUGCAGUACGACCCAUCCAUUGCCGAUGUGUGGUCGUUGGGGGUCGUGCUGUUCAUGAUGUUGACAGGAGUUCCUCUGUGUCAGCUGGCCACCCCCUCCGAUUGCCGGUUCAAGUACCUGAGCCACUACGGCCUUCGCAACUUGUUCAACUCGUGGAAGAUGGACGUGAAUGCCGAAGCCACAGAGCUACUCGAGCUCAUGCUCGAGCCCAACCCUGUGAUGCGGUGCAGGCUGGACCAGGUCUUAGCACAUGCGUACCUUCGAAGCGUUGAAGUGGACAACUCAGUCGAAAUCUCGACUGAAGCCCCCGAUGCUUUCGCCCCGGCCAAGGUCAUCCUAGAAGCCACCAAGGCGUGGGCGUACGUGAAUCGCCUGUGGAAGCGUCCCAGUAAUGAUGUCGUCAUGCCAGCAAUAGCAUCCGUGUAAUGCUGACCAAUGAUUUAUUUACUUACGUUUAUAUUCACAAAGUGAGGUGGGCUACAUUUGUGCGGUGAAGACUUACGAUAAAUUAAUGUUACCAGUUAAGCCGUGAGUGGCAAUUGAUACUAACGUUAC